ACAGCCUCCGAUUUUUUUCUGUUCGGGCCCUCGCUUUUUUUUUAAAGGGGUCAUCAGAAAAAAAAGAAUAAGUGAUCUCCAAAGCUUCACUGCAUUUCGACCGAACGAUCCGCCAUGCCUCGUGUGUUUGAUUUGUGCGCUCGUAUUCAAAAUGGUUUCCGAGCACGAUUAGCGACGAUUGCCAUUCCCGAGACCAAAAUGAAUCUCGCUAUUGCCAACAUUCUCUACAAGGAAGGUUUCUUAUCAUCGGUAACCAGGGGCAAUCAUUUGGGACCGGACGACAGCUACACACCUACCACAUCCGAAAACGUCGCUACUCGUCGUCUCUGGUUGAAUCUCAAAUACAAAGAUAACCAUCCUGCAUUGAACUCAUUGGCCGUUGUCAGCAAACCUUCCAAGAAGGUGACCUUCACUGUGAGUGAAAUGAAGAAUAUUGCCAGCGGACGUCGCUCCAAAUUCAUCAAGCCAUUGCAACCCGGCGAAAUUGCUAUUGUUAAUACCAAUCGUGGUGUCUUGGAAUUGCAAGAAGCACUUCAGAAGAAUGUCGGUGGUGAAGUGUUGUGCCGCGCAUCUUAGACCUAAAAACAAGGGUCAACUUUUUAUAGAAACAUAAAGAAAAAACCAAGAACAAUGAGGGGUGCCAUGCCAUAGGUCUUAUGCUCGUAGAAAAACUCUCUUUCCCCAUCGAAUUCUCUUCCCUCAUUCCUGUGUGUUUUGCCUCUCAAAAAGGCCAAACAUAUUUCCAAUUUGUAAUCUACAUAUCAUUGAUAAAUGCUUCCAUUUUCUCAUCACUUUUGGCUAGUUUUUGAUUGAUGAUUGGUUUUUCUCGCGUGCUUGUAUAAAUUAGUCGGGACAUCUGUAGAAUCACUGUGUAUCCAAGUGGGAUAUGUGACUUACCAGUGCGAUAGAUUCAAAACUUACCAUUGGAAAUAACCCGUUACUGUUUUGUCUGCUCAUUGCACUUCACGGAAUAUCUGCAUGGACGAGAAGAAUAUAUAAACCCCUCUAUUCAAAUU